CCAAUAUCUGACUGGGAGGAUCUUCCUGGGGGCUGGCACACAGGCAGGAAGGGGGGUGGCUGAAAAUGCUUCAGCCAGAGUUGGACAGACAAUUUUUACUGUUCUGAAGAGAAAAUCUUUGGUCACUGAAUCCGUAGGACAAAGAGGGGGUUAAAAUUGUUUGUUGCUGUCGUUAUUAUCAAGUUACCUGCUCAAAAGUUGGUCUCUAACCAAGAUUUUGGUUUGGGACAGAGUUCUUGGUGCUACAUGAAGUGAGAGAGAUCCCCAGCUUGAAGUUGGUUCGUCUACAUUGCUGGCCUUUGCUUUUUUCAAGGCCAGACUCAAUUAAGCAGCCACACAGGAUACCUCAGCUGCAAGUCCUCUGCUACCACUUUGCACAACGUCAGCACCUAAAAAUGCUUAAAUAGAGCCAUAAUAUAAGAGAACAGAGUUAAUGACCUGAGAAUGAAUGAUAAUUAAAUUUCCCUCACUUGUCUGAUCUUUAUGGCCACCAUUUGUGGAAUAUACACUUGAAUGUGUCACAACAUACAUCUGCAGUUGUUGUUUUUUGAUGGGGGAUUUCUCAGUGAUUGACCAGCCAUCUGAUCUUUCUACUCCAGUUGAUGGAGGACUCACCAGGUUGUUUUUAAAAGAGGACUUUGCACAUAGAGCCAACCUACAGCUUUCGUUGUAUUAGGCACAAUAAGAUUGACCUAAAUUAAUUCAUGAUUAUAACCUUUUGGACAUGGCGUUGAACAUGUCAUCAGUAAGAGACACAAAAUGGCUAACUCUGGAAGUCUGUCGACAGUUUCAGCGAGGAAACUGUUCACGUAGUGAUGAGGAAUGCAAAUUUGCUCAUCCACCGAAGAGCUGCCAAGUUGACAAUGGGAGAGUUGUUGCCUGCUUUGACUCCCUGAAGGGACGAUGCUCAAGAGAAAAUUGCAAGUAUCUUCAUCCACCUUCACACUUAAAAACCCAGUUAGAGAUAAAUGGGCGCAACAACCUCAUCCAACAAAAGACAGCAGCAGCUGUGCUUGCCCAACAGAUGCAGCUCAUGAUCCCAGGACACAGCAUGCAGCCUGUGCCAACAUUUCAUGUUACACAGGGACUGGGCACAAAUACUGGUCUUAGUUAUGGUUCAUACAUGACACCUUUGAGCCAUGGAAUGAGCCUCAUCCCAACAGACAACCUCUCCAGCACCCAGGUUCUUGUUUCAGGGAGCCCACCCGUCACGGUCCAGAGCUCCUCCUCUUCUUCUUCUUCUUCCUCUCCCUCACAGAAACUGCAGCGUUCGGACAAACUAGAGGUGUGUCGCGAGUUUCAGCGGGGAAACUGUGCAAGAGGGGAGACAGAUUGCCGCUUCGCUCACCCCAGUGACAGCCCAAUGAUUGACACCACAGAUAACACUGUCACUGUUUGCAUGGACUACAUCAAGAGCCGCUGCUCCAGGGAGAAGUGCAAGUAUUUUCACCCGCCUGCACAAUUGCAGGCCAAAAUCAAAUCCAGUCAACAGCAAGUCAAUCACACAGCCGUCGCAGCCCAGGCUGCAGCCAUGACUCAGUCGACUGCCAAAGCAAUGAAGCGAUCCCUCGAGGCAACUGUAGACCUGGGUUAUCCCUACAGUGUACCCCUACCAAAGAGACCAGCUUUUGAGAAGAGCAACUGGGCCAGCUCUCUCCUCAGCCCUAGUUUUUUGCACUACCAACAGGCUCUAGCCAACUCACAGCUGCAGCAGCCCACUGCCGCAUUUUAUCCCACAGGUUCUUUCUUCUGCAUGACUCCCACGAACGGCAUUGUCCCCAUGAUGUACAGUGCUACGCCUGCUACUGUCUCUGCAGCAACUACUCCCGCCACAAGUGUCCCCUACGCAGCAACAGCACCAGCCAAUCAGAUCAUCCUCAAGUAACCACCAGAAAUAGAAGUCAGUGCCGUGUUGCUGCUGUUAAAGACGCCAAACAGCUGCUCUGUAAAUAUUCUGUUAACACUGCACACAACCUACAACAAGCUGCAUGCUGAUAACAUCACUCAAGAAAAGGUUGUAGACAUUACUUUCAUCUCACGUAAUAAAUUACAUAGCUCAAUUACUAGGAUUACACUGUUAGGUAAGUGUCACAGAAGAUUAUUGUAUGCACGCACCUUUGCACCUGCAUUAACAUGCAUCCUCAGUAGUGUGCAUAAUAUCCUGGUUUCUAUUUCCUAAUCCAAUUCUGACAGAGGUCAGAGGUGCAUUUAGCCUCUUAAUCAGCUGAAAUGUAAUGUAAUGUGUCUCCUGUUCACGAAUAAGAGCCUGAAAAGGAAAGAAAAUAAUUUUUCUGAACAAAUCCAACCAAGUAACACAUGGAUAUCAAACAAAAACAGGCAGUGCAGGUACAGUAGUAACACCGAAUAUUAACUGAUAUUGAAACAAGCUGAAAUGUUGUUCACUGACAGUUUUAAAUUAUGUAAAUAGUACAGGAGGAAGGGAUGAGCAUGACAGAUCUAAUCUGAAAACAAUACACGUUAAGACCAGGUGUAAAGGGGUCCUAUAUUGUUUGAAUUGUAUCCUCAACAUAUUGAGCAACACAUUAUUUUUCCUUUCUUGAAUGUGUUAUGUACACUAAAAUGUUUUUCACAUUAAUGAUUGUUUAUCUAGUGCCAGCUUUAAUUAUUUUAAACAAAUUAGCAAAACACACUUUUAACUUUGAAUUUUACAUUGUAAAAAUGACGAAAGUUUCCUUUAAGUGUUCUGAGGGUAGAUCAUCUAUAUUGUAUAACCUAUCAUCCCAGAGAACAGGAUCAGUGCUCCACCUCCUGGUGUGCCUUUGCAUUGCAUAUACAGAAUGUAUUGCUGCAGAUACUUUUUUCUUUAAGGCAUUGAAGCAUCAAUGAUGUAAACAUUGUUGCUUCACUGCCCCCCCCCCUCCACCCCCCUCCUGCUGGUAUAUCUGGAAGUGGUUUUCAAUGGAGCCAGUUUCACAAAGAUAUACUUUGAUUAGGGCUUAGGUCAAACUAAUAAGUCCAAUUUCAUAUGUCUGAAUUAAUAUGCUGCACAAAGAUGUCUAGUUUCUUAAGGAACCAGGGAACCACAGCAAUCCGCUUAGCAGAAAAUGGUUUGAUUGGAGACACUGGUCAGCAGGAGUCACUGAUUGUUACCAUGGAAACACUUGUCGACAGGUGUCCCUUAUAGUUACUAUGGAAUUAUCUUAGUUCUAAAUUUGGCUGGUGGUAGGGUCACUCACGUUUUAGGCUUAACAUAAAUCUCUCUGUUAUUUUUGUGAGACUGUCUAACUUGCAUCAAAGAAAUCUGCAAAAUUAAAAUGGGCCUUACAUUACAAACAAAGUCUCAAAUAUCUUUGUGAAACCACCUCCUGGUUCAACAUGAACAUUUAGCAAACCAUGUUUUUAAUAAGAGCCUCCACAGCCAUUGACUGGCUGUUAGAAUUACUACCACUCAAAUUCAAACUAAAGUCCCUGUAAUCACAUCAGGGAUACAUUGAGUAGUGUGUGAACUGUCAGUCUUAAUGUUACAGCCAGUUGUCAGUACUGUAUUAAUUGAAUGUUACAAGUGCCUGAAGAAUUGUGCAGAUGAGAAUAUCCCUGCAUAUUUAAAAGGCUUUGUGUGAAAAAUCACUUGAUUAAAUCUACUCUAAUUAAGCCACAUUUAGAGAGAAAUGUUUUGCAAUGCUACGUCAGUGCAUUAAGUCUUUCAGUUAAUUUUCACAGAGGAAAUUUGAAUGAGUGUACUGUGUAUGAGCUUAAUUUCAUAAGUUUCUUAUGUUUCUCAUUUUUAGAUGAUUAAUGUAUGACAAUUGUUCCCAAAUCAGUUUCACACACAGUACAAAACUUCGAAGGAGGUAGAUGUUUGGUGAAGUUUAGUUUACCCGUCUUUGUUUGAAACUGACAGCAGACAGAGUGGGUAUUGUGUGUGGUUCAGUGAAAAACAAAACCGCUUUCACUCCUAUAUGUAACAUUCUCUUGAAUAUUUUUUCAUGUAAGUUUUAGUUCCCUGUUUUGCAAACAGCUUGUGCAAGUAUCAACUUUUCCUUUAAUGUUUAUUAUGUCUUUUCAAGUGACUGAUCUAAGUUUUUGAUUUUUAUGAAAAUGUGUGUACGUACAGUUGUGUGUGAUUAACUCUGACAAUCCACCACGAGAGAUUUCAUUUGUUCACUUUUUUUUUUUUCUUUCAUUUGUUAUGAAAAGUUUGACACAUUUUUGUUUGGAAUAUAAGAAGUAUACUUGCAUAUUUUACUAGUUUAACAUUAGAAAAGAAGGCUUUUAAAAUGUAUUCUCUUCUCUUUUAUGAUGAAUGUAAUUUAUUAAAUGGACUUUAGCUCUGCUGGAGGUUCCUCAAAGGGCCUUGAUCUGUUGUAUUAGCCUACGAUAAGCCGUCUUGUGUCAAGGGUUUAAAUGUUGGAGCAAAACAAAAGCUUAAAACAUUUCAUCCCUGUCACUGCCUUGUCACCUGUGAGGGACAACAAACCUUUGCAUGAGCAAGGCAAUAGAAUUGCUUUUAAUGUACAAAAGUGCAGUGUACAGGCCACAUUUUAUGAAAAGUAACUUUCAUAAUAGUGUAUUAAUAGUUUGUCAUUUAAUUGUUUUGAUGUGUUGCUGAGGCAAUCUGAAGUUGCAGUGAUUAAAAACUGUAUUUUUGUAGGGGAUGCUUUUGUUUUUUCUCCUCACAAUAACACAUUAGAUUGUACCGUCAGAUAUUUUACUUUGUUAUGCCAUGGUGAAACACUGUAAGUGAUCCAGUGCAUGAGGAUUUAUUUUGGAACGUCAACCUUUUGCUUUAUAUGGUUUUCACUGCAUGUUAACAUCUUGCAGCAAACAUGUACUCCACCCUCAGAGAAUCUGCAGUCGGGGGGGGGGGGGUCAGCAGUUGAUGGUUCAGCUGCUGUUUGAACCUUCGUUUUCUUUUUAAAAUAUGUUUGCUUUUUAAGUUUAGGUUGUUAUUAGAUUUAUGACGUGUUCCCUUAUUUAUUUUACCUGCAAAUAAAAGGCAUAUAGCCAAAUGUUUGUUUCACACCUUUUGGCAAAAAGCUUGAAUGUCAUGGAUAUGCCCACACAUGGAGGUUGUUUGAGAUUUGGGUCACCCAGUCAAAACGAUGUGGACUGUAAGAAUGUUUGGUCUGACUGACUAUAGCACUUUCUCAAACGUCAGACUGAGAGGACAUGCUUUUUGUAAACUUUGCCUUAUCUUAAAUCUAUUCCUAAGUUUGUAUUUGUUCAUUAACUAAGAAUUUCCUUUUGUCUAAUAAAUAAAAAGCAUUUCACU